AUCUCUGGCCCUUCAAUGAAGCUCCACUGCCCAACUCUUGUGACCCUAGAAGUGAAGUGACCUACAUGGAUCCCCUAUUUGAGCUGUCAUCACUCUCUCCCCCCACAUCCACCCCACCCUCAUCUAUGUCCUCUCCACCUCCCCCAACCAUGUCUCCCACACCACACCCAACCAUGUCUCCCCCACCUCCCCCUCCCAUCUCCCCACCACCCCCACCUCCUCCACUGCCCUGUGGCCUCCACAACAGUCGUGAUGUCCUGCAACGGUCCAAGUUACGCAACCUGAACUGGGACCUCAUUCCGAAGGAGAAGGUAGAGGGCCGUCAGAGUGUCUGGAACAGUCCAGAUGAGUUCCACUUCGACCUGAGCUCGUUGGACGAGCUGUUUGGACAACAGAAGAGGUCUCGGCCCCCCAAGAAGGACUCCAGUUUACGGCAUGGUCUCAGACCCAUUGGCUCCCCUCUACGCAAUGCACCUGAAAAGGUCACUGGUAUCCAUAUGUAAAUGGGAAGGUUUAGCCAUGUCUAUUAGUCUUUAUUGUAAUGAAAAGUGUAUUCCAGGUGUGGUGCUAUUAUCAUACUGCGGGUUGUUUCCUUAGAGAAUGAUUGGGGUGUGGCUGUAUGUUGAUUGUUGUUCUGACUGUUAUUCUCUGUCUUUGUCUGAACCUGUAGGUAUCACUUCUGGAUGGGAAGCGCAGUAUGAAUGUGGGGAUUUUCCUCCGGCAGUUCAAGAGGUGGGAGAGUUAUUUUACCCUGAUGAAGACAGCUUGUCUGUCGAAAUGUUGGUUAUUAGGUUAUUAAAUGAUUGCAUCUGAGCUCCUAGAGUGUGCAGCUCUCUCUUUUUCUUUUUCAAGUGAGAUAUUUUAAACCCACUUUAAUCAGGUUUGCAAAAUAAUGUCACUAUCAGAUAAAUGUUUAAUGUAAUCCCUGGCAUGUAACAUGUCCCUGGCCUAACAAGCAUUAGAGACAGAGGUAUGACGUACUGUAUAGUUUAAAACUAAUCAUGACUGUUUGUAACUCAUUAUAACUAAUUUCUUCACAGUGCAGUCAGGGAGAUAGUGGAGGACAUCAGGCAGGGGGCUGGGCAGCACUAUGGGAGUGAGAUGCUCAGUGAACUGUGCAAAAUGCUGCCUGAGACGGAGGAGGUACUGUGGAGUUGUGUCUGUCUCUCCAUAUCAUCUGUCUGUAUUUAGUGGUUUUUAUAUCUACAUGUUUUUUCUGUCCUACAGUGUACUAACUCAUGUGUCCUGUUCUGUAGGAGAGGCGUCUGAGGGCGUACCGGGGGGAGCGUAGCCAUCUUGAAGACCCUGACCUCUUCAUGCUCCUACUAGUGGAGGUGCCCAGGUGAUUAAACAUAUUUUUGGUGUUUGGUCAUCAUCCUACUCCUACCAGAAGAAAAUGCUAUCAAAUCCUCCUUAUCUAAUUUCUCUUCCUGUCUUUUGCAUCCCCUCAACUUGUCCCCAUUUUCUCUCAUUUAAGCUGUUUGAAAUGUGGGUUUUCCAAUACUCUCCUGUUAUUUUCCUUGGUCAGUUAUCGCUUGCGUCUGGACGCCAUGAUCCUGCAGCAGGAGUUUGACCCAGCCUUAUCUUCUCUGUGUGUGUCAGCACGCUGCUUGGUGUCUGCAGCCACAGGUGAGGAGACAGCAUUAGCCAGAGGGAUUGAAAUGUGUUUUUCCCAGAUUCCUGAACUUUCUUGUGAGAUUUCUUUGACUUGCAUGUUGAUUUUAUCUUAGACAUACUGUACAUUACUAUCCCCUCUCUCUCUUUCUUAGAGCUUUUGAGCUGCCCAGAGUUGCACUCCAUCCUACGGCUGGUCCUGAGGGCAGGAAAUUACAUGAAUGCCGUGAGUAGCAGUCAUCUGGCACCUAGACAGCCAAUGCAGCCAGACAGGCUGAUUUAUUGAUUUAUUGACAACCAAUCUUCUCUCUUCUUUCAAAAUGUGUUGAGUGCAUGAGUAUGAAUGAGUAGGAGGGAGUGAUCUGAUCUUGUCACACCUUCUGACCUUCAUCAAUAGGGAGGUUACGCAGGCAAUGCUGCUGGGUUCCGCAUCGCCUCUCUGCUCAAACUAGCUGACACCAAAGCCAACAAACCAGGCAUGAAUCUGCUGCAUUAUGUGGCCAUGGUAAAUAUCUGCUAAAUAUUUCACAAAUGGAUGUUAAAAGGUUUCUCCAACACUCCUGCUACUAGUUCUACUUGGGUUUCACAGAAAUAAAAUAAUACAGUAUGUCUGUCCCCUCUCAGGAAGCCUUUAGGAAAGACCCAACCCUGCUGUCCUUUCCCGUCAAGCUGAGCCAUGUGGGUCUAGCCUCCAGGUCAGUGACACACUGAGGAUGUUAUGAGUGCUUAAUGACAAGUUGCUGACAUAGUUCUCACAUGCUUGAAACAGAAAAGAAGCAGCAUUACAUAACAUUGUGUUUUUGCAUGUUUUAGGGGUUUACCCAAGUACUCAAUGAUGUUGAUUGAUUGGUUGGUUGAUUGAUUGGUUGAUUGAUUGAUUGAGUCAUUCAUCCAUUCAUUCAUUAAUUCAUUCAAUCCAUUGUUAAUAACAAUGUUAGGUCCCUUUACAUCAGACUAAUCUCACCUUACUGUUCUCUCUCACCCAUCAGACUGUCUGUGGAUGUGGUGCAAGGGGAUCUGUCUCAGUUGUGCAUCAGACUAACUGGACUAGAGAUGAGAAUUCAGACUGAACCUGCUCUCCAACAGCAAAUGAAAUCCUUCCUCCAGGUAAGUGCUUCCUGUAAAAUACGUGUCAAACUCAUUUCACGGAGGGCCGAGUGUCUGUGGGUUUUUGCUCCUCCCUUGUACUUGAUUGAUUAAUUAAGGUCACUAAUUAGUAAAGAACUCCCCUCACUUGGUUGUCUAGGUCGUAAUUGAAAGGAUAAACCUAAAACCUGCAGACGCUAGGCCCUCCAUGGAAUGAGUUUGACACCCCUGUAAAAUAAUGAAUAAUAUCUCAAAAUAAGACCGCAGGACUGCCACUUCAAUGUUUCAGAAAGGACCUUAAAUUGCAAGUAAAUUGAUGGUAAUUUGGACCAACAAUCAUAAAUUGUGAAAGGUGAUUUGCAAGACUUUUGUUGUGGUCUGUUGUCAGAGUGCUGAGGGGAGGCUGGAGGAGGCAGAGGUGGAGGUGGAGGCUCUACUGCAGGCCCAACAGGACCUGAUGGACUUCUUCUGUGAGGAUGAUGUCACGUUCAAGCUGGAGGAGGCCUGCAGCAUCUUUUACUCCUUCAACAUUCGCUUUCAGAAAGCUGUAGAGGUCAGCACCUAAGCAGCAUCUGUUGGUGUUUAACCAUAUUUUCACUUCUCCCAUUGAUAUGAAUGAAUAUUUGUUUGCUACAAUAAUGUGUGCUGGUUGGCAAGACCUCCAUUGACACACUUUUAUUUGCCCUAAAUGAUUCUGUUCAUUCCAAUUUGAUAACUCUUCUGAUUGUGUUUCAGGAGAAUGCAAAGAGGGAGCUUCAGGAACAGAAGCGAGCAGAGAGGGAGAGGGAGAGGAUGGAGAGGGACCGGAACAGGACGGUGAGACGUCGCUCCAUAGCCACCUGUUCAGCCCUGGAGGUGGGACUCGGGGACACCCAGGAAGAAGACCUGGAGAGCACCCUGGAGAGGAGCCUCUACCACACCUGGCAGAGCCGGCACAACGUGCGAAGCCCAGACAGCCGACUACGUGCCAUGAGUCCAACCUUACACAACUUACUGGAGAACAUCAAUGAUGAUGAUACUACAGAAUCAUGUGACACACCACCACCAACCCUUGCCCACUCACCACCACCACCCCAGACAAAGCCUCAGCAGAUUGUGUCUGCUCCCCCCUCUGACCCCACAAACAGUAUGUCAGCCCAGCCUGCCCAGGAGACCACCCCUCCGGUAGACAGACCACAGUCACCUCUGGAGAGUGCCCAUCUGCUGAGACGUGUAGCAUCCAAAGUGGUGACCCAGCAGGGCAGUCUACAAGAAGUGUCUGCCCCAGACAAACAGCAUGACACAGCCUCUGCCCAACUCACCACCAAGGGACAGUCACAGAAGCCUGGGGAAUGGGAGCGUCUGUAUCCAUGCAAGGGAGACACAGUAGUGUGUCACACUCUUGUGACUGGCCUAUGCUCCUAUAAGAACCUGACCCCAACACAGCCCUGCGAGGAGCCCAUGGAAGGAUCCCACUGCUGCUUACGGUUGAGGGACAAGCAGGAGCAGGACAGAGCGGCAUCACCCCAGAUCCACAGAGCGGCAGCACCCCAGGUCCAGGGGGACAACGUGCAGGACAAAAAGGUGCGCACACCAGCUUCUGGGCUGCAGAGAACUAUGCCCAGGAGUAGGGCUUCCACACCCUCCGCAAGCCCCACUUCCACCCUUUCCUCUACUGCCUCUGCCAUCCCCACUCCCACAGCCUCGGCCAUCCCCAAAAUGCAAGGCAGGUCAGAGGCAGCCUCCACAUGGUCCUCACGUCUCCCUCUCAGGAACUCAAUGCGUUCCCCAACUCCAAUCACCUCCAGAGAUCAUAAUGAGGUCAGACCGGAAGGGAUUGUUAGGGAAAAAAUGCAAUUUCUGAAUGAGCAGACAAAAAAAAAGCAUCCACUUCGUCGACUACUAGAAAAAGCCAAACCAAAGGAGAAAGAGAGAGAGAAGGAGAAGAUAAAGAAGGAGGAAAGUGAGAUGGAAAGGGAAAAGAAGAGGGAAAGGGACAAAUUAAGGGAGCGUGAGAAGGAGAGGGAGGGAGUGAAAGAGGAGAGGGAAAGUGAGAAGGUAAAGCAGAAGGAAAAGGAGAAGGAGAAUAAAAGAGCGAAAGAGAUGGAGAAGGUCAAGGAGAAAGAGAAGGAGAAGGAGAGGAAGAUGGCAAAGGAGAAGGAGCAGAUGAAAACUAAGCAAAAGGGACGGGAGAAGGAAGUCAAAGUGGAGCCAGUGAUGGAGUCAGCUCUGUGUGUGUCCAAGCCGCUGCGCCUGCACCCUGACUGUCAUACCUCUCUGCCUCGCCGUGUCUUUCAGAGCUCUGUGACCACCAGUGCCAAGGUCAUACGCUGUGCUGUCAUUGCUGCUGUGGCUGUGAAUAAGGACAGGAGCAGCCAGUCCACAGUCCCAAAGACUGCAGUUACAAAGCUACCUGGCCCCAGGUCAAAGCUCCCAACUCCACUAUCCAUGUGGAAG